UCCAAAGCAAUCAAAAUUCCAUUUAUCACAAUGAAAACUGCCCAUUUCAUCCUAAUAUUUUGUCUCUUGGCUCUGGCUUCCCCAUUUGCCUAUGCAUCUGAUCCUAGUCCUCUCCAAGAUUUCUGCGUAGCCAUCAAUGACCCCAAGGAUGAAAUUAUAACAUUCUUCUUCUCGUCUCCACCAGUGUUUGUUAAUGGGAAGUUCUGCAAGGACCCAAAGCUUGCUAAAGCGCAAGACUUUUACUAUUCAGGGCUCAACAUCCCCAUAAACACAUCAAAUCCAGUGGGAUCGACUGUUACUCCAGUUAAUGUUGCUCAAAUACCAGGGCUUAACACUCUUGGCAUCUCAUUGGUUCGAAUUGAUUACGCACCAAAUGGUGGCCUAAACCCCCCUCAUACUCACCCUCGUGCCACCGAAAUCCUAGUCGUUGUGGAGGGCACACUCUACGUUGGCUUCGUGACAUCCAACACCGAUAAUCGUCUCAUUACCAAGGUCUUAUACCCUGGAGAUGUAUUUGUUUUCCCAAUUGGUCUCAUUCACUUUCAAUUCAAUGUGGGGAAAACCAAUGCCGUUGCCUUCGCUGCUUUGAGUAGCCAGAAUCCUGGUGUUAUUACCGUAGCAAAUGCAGUGUUUGGAUCAAAUCCACCCAUCAAUCCCGAUUUUCUCGUCAAGGCUUUCCAAUUGGACAAGAAUGUGGUGAAAAAUCUUCAGUCAAAAUUCUGGUGGGCUAACAAUUAGGGUAUAAUUCAAUUUGGAUUCAAAUUCACAAUUUGUUUGCAAUAAUCUUUGACUUGUUUCCUUUUCUACAAUAAUAAUUUUUUUUUUGGAAAGAAUAAAUAUAAAAAUUAUUUGCUUAUGUUGCUGUAAGCUUCUUUGUUAAGUAAUGAAAUUUAUUGUUU